GAUCUGCACCGCCAGCUGCCUGGGAGCUCAGGACUCGGGGCUGCGUUGUCACAUGGGUGGCGGCGACGGGGCCGCAUUCAAGCGGCCCGGGUACGGUGCCCGCCUCCAGCGCGUCCUCGGGCUCGGCUCCCGCCGGACGCCCUGCUCUCUGCCCACCGGGGGCCCUGUUCCGCACCGCACGGUGCCUCCCCCGCCCGGCCAUGCGAGCGCCGGCCCCGCUGCGAUGAGCUCUCACAUCGCCAAAAGCGAGUCCAAGACGUCCCUGCUGAAGGCGGCGACGAGCGGGAGUAGCCGGGUUCCCCGCCACGGCCCUGCCCGGGAGCCAGGGCUGCCCAGCCGCCGGCUGCCGGGCACCUGCCCUGGCACGCCGCCGCUGUCCGGGGACCCCAGUUUGCGGAGACCCCUGUGCCGGCCGGCACCGAGAGAGGAGGGCUCGCGGGGAAGCCGCCGCGGGCUCCCCCAGGCGCACUGCAGGCCCCGGGAGGCGCUGCCGGCCGCGGCGUCCCGACCUUCUCCUCUGUCGCCGCUGCCGCCGGCCCGCAGGCGGGAUGGGGAGGAACGGGGGCUGUCCCCGGCGCUCGGUCCCCGGUGCUCGCAGCGAGCCCCGGGUCGUGGGGUCUCCGCUCCAGCUGCCGCGUCCGAGGCAGACCCGUUCCUCCACCGGCUGCGCCCCAUGCUCAGCUCCGCCUUUGGCCAGGACAGAUCACUGCGGCCAGAGGAAAUCGAAGAGCUCCGAGAGGCCUUCCGAGAAUUUGACAAAGACAAGGAUGGCUACAUCAACUGCCGGGACUUGGGCAACUGCAUGCGCACCAUGGGCUACAUGCCCACCGAGAUGGAGCUCAUCGAGCUGUCCCAGCAGAUCAACAUGAACCUGGGUGGCCAUGUGGAUUUUGAUGACUUUGUGGAGCUAAUGGGACCUAAACUCCUGGCAGAGACGGCAGAUAUGAUUGGGGUAAAGGAACUGCGAGAUGCUUUCCGAGAGUUUGACACCAAUGGUGAUGGGGAGAUAAGCACCAGUGAGUUACGAGAAGCCAUGAGGAAACUCCUGGGUCAUCAGGUGGGACACCGAGACAUAGAGGAAAUUAUCCGAGACGUGGACCUCAAUGGGGAUGGCCGAGUGGACUUUGAAGAGUUUGUCCGGAUGAUGUCCCGCUGAGGCUGCCAGGGCCCCUCCAGGACUGCCAAGCUCCCCCAGGUGGGGAGAAGAGGAGCGGACCUCACCCUGCCGCCGCUGUCGCUGCCGAGAGCCCAGGAUAUACUGGCGAAUGGGGCCUGCCUGCACCCCGGGGAGGUGCCCACCCCGGACCCCCACCCCUCCGCACUGUGAAAGACUCACAACUCCUGCAACUGGAAAGGGGGGCGCCCGCCGACAAGGAGGCCACAGUGCCAAGCCCGCAGAGGUCAUGCAAGGCGCCAAGUGCCAUGUGCCCAGCCACUGCUGGCUGGGUGGGCCAGGGAGCCCGCCAGCAGAUCCCACAUAGCAUGUCUGCCCUGGGGCAAAGCCUCUUGCUGCCCUCCUUAGCUCUGUGCCCAUCCCAGCUCGCCUCUGCCUUGUUAUCUCAGAACCAAUAAAAAGAUUUCCAAGAUCA